CGUGAUCGGUGAAUUUUGAGAGCUCUACACGUCCAACAAGGACAAACAAGGAACUGAUUACAUUGAUCGCCACUGCAUCGAUCAACCGACGGAAGAUAGAAAUGGGCUCACAUACUCCAUGUGUCGUGUCUACUGAGUGGCUGAGCGAAAAGCUCACGAAAAGGGAAGGAAAUUUAGCUGUUUUGGACGCGACAUGGUUCAGCAACAAAGAUUAUAUCAUGGAUUUCUCUGAGUAAGGCGUCUGUUGUUAAAUGUUGCAGCAAUAUUGGCAAUUCACCUUUCACUUGUGAAAGACACGCUAAUACAGUAUCUAACUAUGGCUUAUUGGUAUAACCUUGUGGUAAAAUGAGGUACGGCUCCUUAUGCGCUAUAUUGCUCCUGAAUUAAAAGACAGCGGAAUUUUUUCCCCGGACCGUAAAUUAACUUCUGUAUUUUGGGUUCCAAGGUCAGGGACUAGAAAAAAAUUGUAGCUGUUUGGGAGAUGAGGCAGGCUGAAGGCGGGGGUGGUGGAAGGGGGAGAGUGGGGUGGAAGGGGAGUGAUGGCCACAGCUAGAAUUGACUGGUGUAUUAUCAUCAUGUUAUCAUGUGCAGCCUAUUUACUGGGAAGCUAACAAAGUGAAGUCAUUAAGUUCAUUUGAUUAGACAAUACAAUUGUUAAUGCAAGAUUCUUUUCUAGGUUAGGCCAUCCCCCAUUUUUUUUUUCGCUUAGGGUCGAAUAUGUUUCCUGAAAUUGGGUCGGUCGGUAGGAAUGAAAAAAAAAAAAACUAAAAAGAAAAAUCACAAAAUCGGAAGAGGAGGGCUGGCACCUCAGCAUCAUUGUUGUGGAGCCUGGAAACAACAAGACAUAUUUAGACUAACAACGAGGAUGACGUUCAAAGUUAACAUUUACAUAUUUGGAUUAAAAAAAUGCAUGACAUACUGUAAAAAAGGUUCUUGUUCUGCCAAAAUUUUGGGUUGGUCGAACAAUGCUAAACAAAGAAAAAAAAGAGGAUGGCCAUAGUCCCACUGUCCUGAUCCAUUUCACCAGUCUAUAGUUAACAGGCAAAAUGUGAAAAAUGUUUAAUUGAUAUUUCCUCCUUUACAGGCGACAUAUUAUUAGUGCCUCCUACAUGGACAUAUUUUUUGGAGUAGAGAAUACACCCACUUAUCCCCGCAACAUUCCAAAUGUGGAAAUGUUUGAAAUGAAUGUCAGAGGAAGUGCAGUAAACAACAGAGACCAUGUCGUCAUUUAUGAAAACACUGGAAGAUAUGGUUUUUUUCUUGGAGCACGAACUUGGUGGAUGUUUAAGGUGAUUAUGCGGAGAUAUAGUUAGGUGUGGCGAAUGGUAAAAUCCGAGACUCGCCAAGACGCCGAGAUCCUAGUUAGAAAUCUGAGCCCGAGACUCUUUGGUGAAAAGUUUCGAGACUCAAAAAAAGUAAAAGCAAACCAUGAAAAAAGAGACUUUGAGACUUAUCAAAAACGCUUCCGAGAUUUCGAGAUCCUGCCAAAAUUUUCGGAGACCCACGUUUUUUGAGGUACCAUUCGCCACCCCUAUAGUUGUCACUGCCAACACCACCAUCAUCAUAAGGCAUUUAUUUUAAUUACUGUGAUUCAAUCAUUAUUUUCAUCAUCAUCUUUCAUAUUUACAUGUUAUAGACAUGAGGCCAAGGCUCGGGUCGAUAAUUUCAUACAAAUCACUGUAUUUUGUCCACCAGGGCCCAGUUGUUCGAAGGCCGAUUAGCGCUUAACCUGGGGUUAAAUUUAACCCGGGUUUCUUUUUCUUGUGUUCAAAAGCAUUUUCUCGGAUAAUUUUCUGUGCUAUUUUUAGACCUUCCAAUCAUCAACUUGUAGACAAAAAGAAUUAAAACUGAAAUGCUUUUUAAGCUUUCAAAUCUUAAUUCAAAUCUCGCACUAACCCUGGGUGAUCUUAACCCAGCUUUGAACAACUUGGCCCAGAGCCUCGAGUUGGCCGGUGCCUUUGUUUGUAAUGUGGGAAAGGUCUAAUAUUGAUACCAUUUAUUAUUUACUUUUGCAAAAAGAAAAUUGUUUCUUGUGGUAGCCAAUUACAAGAUGACAAUCCUGAAUGGACAAGAUUAUAGGCCUUUGCAUGGCCAAUUAGAUGGCCAAGCAAUAAAAAAGUGGAAUACUCUAUUUAAUAAAUCUUUAUCCUGCCCUCUUGCAGAGCUUGCCAUAGAUUAAUAAACGUUUCUUUAUGCCUUUGCUUAAUGCCAAAAGGUUAGAAUUACAUGCGAUGUAACCAGACGUGAAGAUCGAGCUAUUAAUAAUCCUCUCAAAUUCCCACGCCCAAAAUUAAAAUUAAAACCUCUGGGCUAAUAUUCAAACUAAGUUACCUAAGGGGUACAUCUGAACUUUCAAAGCCAGAUGGUAUGGAAACUAUAUUGAGUAAAAGUGUAAUUCACUGACUGUAAGGAUAAUUUGGGCUUGAAAUCUUCUUUGUUUGUUUGCUCAGCUUUUUGGCCAUGAAAAAGUGUCUGUAUUGGAUGGAGGACUGGAAAGAUGGAUUGCUGAUGGCUACGAGACAACAAAUAUGAUGGUUAAAAAAAUGGUAAGGGCGAUCAACAGUUUUGACUAAACAUCAAGAGACAACUCUGAGUAGCUUUAAAAUCGCAUGAUUGAAGACUGAUAAUAAUUAAAUAGGCACCACACCAUUUUAAAAGUUAUUAUUUGUUCAUUUUCAGGAGGGGGAUUUCAAGGCAAAGUUGAAUCCAAAGUGGAUUGUUAAAUUUCAGGACAUGGUUGAAAACCUCACAUCUCGGAAAGCACAAGUUUGUGACAGCCGUGUUCCUGCUAAGUUCAAUAAAUCAUCAGAUGGUAAUGAUAUUUUUAAUAAUUAAAUAUGCAAGUAUUUAUAUUUGAGUCAGUAGUGUAGCCUAAUUUAAACAGAAUUGUUUAAUAAGUGCUGUUUUUAAUUUCUGUUUCAAGUCCAUGUUAGCCUUAUAAAUUUAUUAUAAUAAAUUAUUCCUUUUCAACGGUUGCAUAGACUAUAAAAGCAGUGCAAACCAACGUUACUGUUUUAUAGAUUGGAAUGUCUGAUAGAUCUUAUACAUGAAUAAGUGAAUAUAGUUGGAUACAUAAAGGAAUUUAAUAAACCCAUAGUCUUAGUCUUCUUUUAUCAAGUGCAAGAUUGAAGUUGCCCCGAGUCUCUAAAUCAUAUUAUGCUGAUUAUAUUUUCUAGAUCCAAAAAGUGGACACUAUCCUGGCGCCAUUAACAUUCCAUUUGAAAGUCUGUUCAAUCCUGAUACCAGAACUCUCAAAACUGUCGAUGAGCUCAAGAAAGGUUAUUGAAUACCUUCCAGCAAACAAUUCAUUUCAAUUCACCUCAGUACUUGUACAACAGAAAUAAAUAGUGAAUCAGAAUGUGACGGGUGUGGUUGCAGCAGUCUAGCUUAUGCCAGGGUUGCUCUUUUUAGUGGGGGGGGGGGGGUUUGCACUGUAGCCCAGCUGCAAACAUAAGGUUCAAAGUUGCAAUUAGUUGCCGGCUUUGCUAUUCUAAACUAGCUGACACCCAAAAUCUCUGUAUGAACCUACCCCAGUCUAACUUAAUAACAGAACCCCCUCUUGUAGACCAGAACACUCUGAUUUCUGAUAGUCCCACCGUACCAGGAAUUCAUGUGGAUCAACCAUUACCCUAAUUAUGCACACUGCCAAACCACAAAGCUUAUCGAUUAGAGUACAAAUGAUAAAAAUGCGACAUUCAAUUCAAGAGCUAGACUAGUCUGGCUGAUUUGUUUGAUUUUUUACGUCAAUUUGUAGAAAAAUGUGGCUAAUAUGUGGAAAACUAGUGGUAUUAUGAGACCGUGCAGGCUUGUGAAGGCUUAGGAACAUCAAAGGAGACUCUGCUCGCAGGGAAGUGAAGGCUGGGUUAGAAAAAUAAUAAAAAUAAUACAGUUAAGCCUGAUCCUGAUUUGGCAACACUCAUAGGCAAACAUAAUAAUAUUAAUGUUUAAUUAUCUAUAGUUUACUCUGAUGCUGGAAUUGAUCUCUCAAAGCCCAUGAUUGGAAUGUGCUCUGGAGGUAUGUCAUCUAGUAGCUUGGUACUUGGAGCAUAUCUCUGUGGAUGUCCUCAUGCUGCUCUUUAUCAUGUAAGACACCUGAUUUUUAGCUUUACUUCAAGGUUCACUUCAGUUUCAAUUCUCAUACAUACAGUAGAUAAAGUUGACUCUUUUUCAACAGAACACUCUAAAAAUACUAUUGUGGACACGUCAGUAAAACAGACACGUAGAGUUUGUCCCUGCCAGCCUUUACUCCCUUGACUCUCUAUAAGACAGACAUUACUCUUAGAUAGACAUUUUGUGCCAGUCCCAAAGUUGUCCAUCAAAGAGAGAGGGGGUACUGUAGGUGUACUUGUUUCAAUUAAUAUUGAUAUAAUGCUUGUAGAGUGGGCGGAUUUAGGGGUGUGGUCCAAGGAGACUUUGCCCCACUUUUUUGUGUGGAAUUUUGUGGAUCGAUUUGAACAAGUGUGAUAACCCUCCUUCUGGCCAAGGUCUAAAAGAAUUCUGAGAAUGAAAAAUUCAAUUUAUUAUUGUGUGGUUAAAGUAUCUCAGAAAAGCGCUGGCAGACAUCACUGGCAAAGAAAUUUCGUACGAUGGUUGUGCUGCAGUAUUUUGUCCUGUAGAACUUUAAGUACAUUACAUAUUCUCUUAGUAUAAAGUUAAGAGGUGAGGUCCAGGAAUUUGAUUUCAAUAUCAAAAUCUUACAAUCUCAAACAAUAAUAGCUGCAUUUUGGUUUUGACUGAUUGGCUGUCAACAGAUUUGUUUGAUAUAAAAUUUUAUUGUCAUAAGUGCUUUCAUAUGACCUGCUGAGAAAAGAAGGAGGAAAAUUAAAUGUUUCAUUUUUUGCAUUUGCAGGGGGGCUUCACUGAGUGGAAGGAAAAAGCUGAUCCAAGCCAAAUUGAAUAAUUUUUUUUUUAUCCAAGUCAUAUUGAAAGGAUAAAAGUGUUAUCAGUUACAAUAGGUAAAGGUUAAUACACUGUAACUUCUUUUAGUGUUAUAUUAAAAUAUCAUCAUCCAAGACAUGUUGAAAGAAUAAAAAGAUUAUUAUAACAAGUUUAUCUUUGGUGCAAAACGGAUAUUUAGAUGUAUUAAACUCGUUCAGAUUGAAUGAAUUUGAAUAUGGUUCAUCUCCAUGGCCAGCACCUUUUCGAGGACUGUGUCAUGACUUGUUUAAGUACAUUAUCCAUGUCAGAUUGAAUAAUACCGUAAAAUUCCGAAAAUAACCCCCGGGGCUUAUAUUUUUCAAAGGCCCUUUUGAGGGGCUUGUAUUUGGAGGGGCUUAUCUACGGAGGGGAAUAUCGAUAGGGCUAGCCUUAUAG